CGGCAAGCUUCCUCCCCGUCCACAUGCCCGAGCUCCGAAAGUAAACAGGUGAAAUUAACAGUGCUAGCCACGACUUGGCCCCGCCAUUUUCUUGUCGCCCAACUCCGUGGUCGUUGCACUUUCAUGUUCUAACUAAUUUCCGUGGAAUUUCUUAAUAAAACGUCAGGCUCGGAAUUUGUUGCUAUGAGGGGUUAAUGAGGCAUCUCCCUGGAUGGCGGUUGACCGGCAUCUCCGAGAACGUCACUAGCUGUGAAUUAGGAAUAGAAAAAAAAACCCGCCGAGGUUUUAGUUGUCUUCAGCACGAUGGUCAUUGGAGUAACGUUGUACAAGGUUGACCUUGUGUAUCUGCUAAAACACCAAGCCCGUCAUGAUCUCAAGGGGGGACGAUUCGAUGCGUUUCGACCAGACGAACCGUGGUCGCUGGUGGUUCACGGCAAAGCGCGUCUUCAGUAUCACUUCACCGAGGAGUUCGCCUACCUUUACAAGGCGUGCUGCGCGCUGCGCGCACCCUGCAUUGUAUUCGUGAGGCACACGGGAACUGCAUCACAAUCUUUGGGUGGAUACACUAUCAAGGGCUGCCAAGAACUGGUAUCUCGUGGGGGGAAGGGAAAAGGCUCCGAGAUACGGUGGAAGGAUACCGGCCUCGGGAGCAGGGUAGCGGACCCGUGGCAACCCAAACAAGUGAUCCGAGACACGGGAUCCAUCAUCUCGUCUAGCACACACCCAGGAAAGGAAAACCUGAGCAGCGCGCAUGAAGCUCUGCAAAUACAGUUCCCCGUCGGUUCCUCACUGACAAAUCUUCCGUCGCACACUUUCCCAAAUAGGUCCUCGCUUACCGUGGGUCUGGACCGCCAUCUGGAGGACUUUGAUGCGGAACGCGGCAAGUACGACAGCCGUGCCGAGAUGCGUGCCUGGGGUGGUCUUCAAGAUCUUCGGUACUUUGAUAUGUGGUCCAUUAGAGAGGUCGAUCCGCUUGAAUCGGAAGAUCUGAUCCACGAGUUUUGGAGUUGCUUCCCAGAGAUGGAUGCUAGCGGAAACAGUGGUUGGCGUGUAUUCCAGUACACUGAUAUGCGUACAUGGCAUGCUCGCAGCCAUAUAAAAGAACUUGUGGUCCCUGGUGACUUCGAAUGCUCGAAUGGCUCAGUCCCCCGUAUCAUACUGCACUCUGAGCGACUGCGGAUCCUGGGUGGGGAUAACAGAUACAAAGAGAACACCUAUGAAGUGGGCGCUGGGCAUCUCAGCUAUAACAUCCCAUGGUCGUUGCACACCCACGGGCAAUACUACACAGAAGCGCGUAAACCAGGAGGCCAAGGAACUGCGCCGAACGAGGACACCCUCUGGCAUGCUUCCAUGGACAAACACCGUCCUCGACCAUCUACUUCAUCUCCGGAGGUGUCGACACAACGGCGUAUGCGAUAUCGGGACGCAAUAUCGAAGAAUACGAGCUUCAAGUAUGCGCAUUGUACUCCGUACGCUGGUUGAGGAGGAGGUACAACAAUUUCUUGAUAAUAUAAUGCUCGAGGGU